UGAUCACUCGCGAUCACAUCAUCAUAGUCCCUCUCACCACGACCAUUCAUACCAUCGACCACCUGCGUGUUUAGAACUUUGCGACUCUAACGAUGGUCCACAUUUUCUCUAUCUCUAUUCUCAAGGCCCCCUCAUCCGGCGCUGGUACCCUUCUUGCCUCAGCCAGCGACCUCAGUUCCUUCUCUUUCUUCCAGAGAGGCUCCAUCGCUGAAUUCAUGCCCUUCUUCUCCAAGACGGUAGCCGAACGUACUCCGCAGGGGCAGAGACAGAGCGUACAGGAGAAUAACUAUACAGCUCACGUCUAUAACCGUGGUGGACCAGAAGAGUUGGCAGCCGUCAUCAUAACAGACCAGGAAUACCCCGUCCGACCGGCAUUCUCACUCCUGGCCAAAGUUCUCGAUGACUUUGUCGCCAAGAUUCCUAAAGGCUCCUGGGACGAUCCGGCGAAGAUAUCAUUCCCGGAAUUGGAGUCGUACUUGUCCAAGUAUCAAGAUCCAAGACAGGCUGACACGAUCAUGCGGGUUCAAGCUGAGCUGGAUGAGACCAAGAUCGUUCUGCACAAGACGAUCGAGUCGGUUCUGCAGAGAGGAGAGAAGCUUGAUACGCUUGUGGACAGGUCGAACCAUCUUUCCGCACAAAGCAAGAUGUUCUACAAGACGGCCAAGAAGGUACCCAUCUCCAAGUUCUGUUCUGCUCGGGCUCUGAAGAGUAUUCUUAGCAAAAUAGCUGCUGUGUUAUCAUGUGAACCUCGUUUGCAUACUAUCUCAUCUACAUACCAAGAUAUCUCCCCGCAUUCAUCUCCCUGUUCAUCUUCAUAUAUACUGCCAUGCCAUUGCACUUACCGCCACUUCUAUUCGCACCUCCUAAUCAUGUCUUUCCACACACUACACCCUGAGGACCUUGACCAGCACAUUCGUACCUCGCCGUUGGCACUGUCUGACCUGCCCGGAUACUUCGACGCGCUCGAGCACUUCAGUUCCAUCGAUGACCGCAAGUUCCUGCUCGAGAAUAUGGUGACCCUCAUGUCCCGCAUCUCGGGAUCUUCAAUCUUCUCGAGCUUGUCGCGAAAGUUGCAAGACACCCUUAUAGAUAUCCCCAAUGCGCCCUACGCGCGAUCUGUCCCGGCAUCCAACAUCACUCCGCCCGCGUCGCUGCCGUCCGCGGGGCUCGUCUUUGACACGCUGCUCGCGCGGGACGAGUUCACGCCUCACCCCGGAGGCAUCAGCGCGCUUUUCUUCGCCUUCGCGGAUCUUAUCAUCCACAGCAUUUUCAACACCAACCACGCGGAUCCGACUGUCAACGCUACCAGCAGCUAUCUGGACCUGAGCAUCCUAUAUGGCAACUCGCAGAAAGAGCAAGACACUGUGCGGUGCAAAGAUGGAAGAGGCGGGCUCUAUGCGGACUGUUUCGCAGAUAGCCGUCUGCUUCACAUGCCGCCCGCUGUGUGCAGCUUGCUCGUGGUGCUGAGCAGGAACCACAAUGCAAGUCGCCUCGUUUUGUUUGCUCGAAAUGCUGAUCCCUCCGCACAGUACACUGCCCAGAAGAUCUUGGAGAUCAACGAACGCGGAAUAUACAAGACUUCCUUUGCUAACGACGCAGAGAAACUCGCACAGGAUGAUGAGAUUUUCAACCGGGCGCGCCUAGUCAAUUGUGGCUACUUCAUGCAGAUCAUUCUCGGCGAUUACGUCGGUGCGAUUCUUGGUCUCGUUCGCGAUGGGUACAGCUGGCGGCUGGACCCGCUUUCGCAAUCGCGCGAAGCCAACCACGAGCUAUCCCCACGCGGUGAAGGCAAUGUCGUCUCGAUCGAAUUCAAUCUUCUGUACCGAUGGCACGCGACGCUUUCCGAACAGGACACGGCAUGGACAGAGAACAUGUUCAAAGACCUGUUUGACGGCCAAGAUUUCUCGACUCUCACUAUCGAGGAUUUCAUGCGCGUCGCUCAUACAAAGUUGAUUCCAGACCGAGACCCCAGGGAAUGGACGUUUGACGGACUGGUUCGGGGCGCAGACGGGCGGUUCAAAGACUCUGACCUGGCGACAAUCCUGCAAAACUCGACUUCGUGGCGGGCUGGAGCAUAUAAGGCACGGGGAAUUCCGGAAGUGCUGCGGGUGAUAGAGGUGCUGGGAAUAGAGCAGGCUAGACGAUGGGGCGCGUGUUCGAUGAACGACUUCAGACGGUUCCUUGGGCUGAAACCUUAUGCCAGCUUCCAAGAAUGGAACUCUGACAAGUCGGUUCAUACGGCUGCUGCAUCCCUUUACAACGACAUAGAGAAUCUCGAGCUGUAUGUGGGCUUGCAAGCGGAGGAAGCCAAGCCGCCGAUGCCUGGAGCGGGUCUUUGUCCGGGAUAUACCAUCUCCCGUUCUAUUUUGGCCGAUGCGGUCUGCCUGACCCGCGGAGACCGAUUCCUGACGAUCGAAUUCACACCGUGGAAUCUGACUGCCUGGGGCUUCAGGGACUGCCAAUUUGAUGCACAGGAUGGGUCCUACGGAGGAAUGCUGACGAAGCUACUGUUCCGAACGCUGCCAGAGUACUACCCGAGGAGGUCGGCGUACGCUCAUUUCCCGUUCCUUGACCCGGCAUUCAUGCAAAACUUGAUGGCGGAGAACAACAAAAGUCUGGUUGGCGAAUAUAUAUGGACGAAGCCAGAAAUCAAUGUGGAGAAGGAGGCAGUACUUGUGGUCAAGACGGAGAGUGCUGUCAGAGAAGUGCUUGCCGACCAGACCGUCUUUCCGAACGGAUAUGCGGACAGAGUGAUGGAAGUCACGGGCCAUUCAACGGUCGAUCAUACAUUCGUCAACGAUCUGCUCCUCAAAGAGAACGCGAAAUGGACAGAGUACUUUGUGACAGAGACGCGAGCUUUGAUCGCCCAGUUGUCGUUCGGGAACGUCAGCAAGAAAGUCCAGUACAUCGACAUUGUCCGCGAUGUGAUCAACGUUCUCCCGGUGCACUGGAUUUGCAAGGAGAUCGCCGGUCUUCCGCUCGGGGAGAAUGUGCAAACGCGCUAUCAUGCAUUCGCGGACGUAUGCCAAUACAUCUUCCUAAACUAUGAUCCCUCGUCAGACUGGCACCUGCGGGAAAGCGCGAAACAGGCGUUCCACGAGUUCGACAAGGUUGUGAAAAACCAUCUCGGAUCACGGAUAUCUCUGCUGGAUAUGGACCGAUCAUCGCUCGCGGAAAGCCUUCCGUUCUUGACUGAGCUGAAGGCGUCGGCUGACCGGCACCACCUGGACCUGAACGAGCUGAGCGUUGCGCUGUUCGUGGAGGUAGUGACGACCGCGGCCCACUGGUCGCAGGGAGUGACGCACAUUAUCAACUACUAUCUCGAUGAACGUCGAGUGGAGGAGAGAGCUGAGAUCGUGAAGGCCGAUGGGAAGAAGGCGAUGGAUAUUGUCGGGCUGCGUUGGGUCACCGUCGACCCGCCUGUUUGGGGAGUGUACCGAACCGCGCACAAAGACGAGAACAUCGUGGAGUCGACCAAGGUGCCGCUCGGAGGGCGGGUGUUUGCCAGCAUCAAAGACGCCAGUGCCGGCAUGGAAAAGCCGUUGCUUGGCAUCGGGGAGCACGGGCUCGUGUCUGCGCCGUUCUUUGAGUCGACUGUCCCGCGGGUGGUGAGCGAGAUUCUGAGGCUGAAAGAUCUGAAACGGGCGCCUGGCACAUCUGGAGUGCUGAAUCGGUUCACGGAGAGUGUGCACGGGGCAGCUCAGCAAUGGUACAUCGACUCUAAGUCUGAUGUGGUUCCGUUCCCUCAGUCUUUGGUGGUCGAAUACAGCGUGUGAUCAUAACACAGAAACUAUUUAAACAGCAACAAACUAUGUAAACCGUGUAAUGGUCAUAUGCAUUCCACCGCUCGUCUCGAAUUGUGCGACCAGCUUGUUGGCGUGCCAGACUUGGACUGGUCUUGGUAUAAUCUGCGCAUCGAGACUGAUGUUGACCCGUUUCGGCUGACCUCCUUCCCAUUCGAAAUCGAGGCCCAAUCCACCGCGGAUGCGAGCACCUUUGAUUGAACCUGUGUGCCACUGUUGUGGGAGAGCAGGAAGAAGAGUGAUUUUCAAGGGCGUGUCGCGAGUGGGGACGUCUGGAGCCUGGAUGAUGGCGUUCAGCACCGCACCCGGCAAGCCCAGGUUCGCAUCGAUCUGAAAUAUGGGAUCCGCAUCAGCUGGGUCGUACAGGCUGAACAGAUUCGGCCCAAAGUUCUCGUAGAUCCCAUACGUCAGUUGGUGGUAGAACUUGGCGGGGUCGCCCAGCUGAGCCCAUGCCGCCGCCCGCCACAUCUUGGCCCAGCCGGCAUCCGCAUCGGGGCCAGUGCCGUUCCCCCGGUGGAUCAGGCUCGUUUCAGCAGCCGACAGAAUCUGCUCUCUCGAGUACAGCCCCUGACCGUCGUAGUUGCUGAUGGCAUAACCGGGAUACAGGCCAAUCAGAUGCGACAGAUGGCGAUGCGUAUCGUUCGGGGCGUCCUGGUCCACUUUCCACUCUGUGGGAUUCGUUCAACGAGAAUUCGAUUGGUGAUGCGAAACCAGGCACCUUGCAGCUGGCCCCAAGAUCCGACAUGCAGGCCUUUGUCCAUCUGCGCUCGUUUCGCCUGCACCUCUGCUGGCCAUCAGAAUGUGCUCCAGCAAUCGAGGCUUGGAACGCACCGGCCAGGAAAGCGGUGUCGCUAUCACCGGCAUAUGGCCAACUCUUCUCAAUGGCGUUGAACAGCUGCCACACGAUCUGUUGCGCGUGAGCACACCCCAGCGUGAUAGGCGCCUGUUCCGGCGAGUUGCACGGCGCAACGACCAAUGUGCCAUCGUUGAAUCGGAGAUCCGGAAUCAAUUUGUCGAGCUGGAAAGACGCGACGGAUUUCAGCAGGGGGUAUCCCUGUGUCCGCAACCAUGCCAGAUCGUUCGUGUAAUCGAAGUGGUCGAAGACGUGUAGCAUCUAGCGAUCUCAGCAAGGGGAUCGAGCAACCGAUCUUUUGCGCUCACCAUCCAGACUGAAGAUUCUGCACAACCGGUCAAGUUGGCUUCCAUGGACAACGAGCAAACUCACCAGGAUAAUUGGCCCACAUCGCAUUGACACUGGAGUCGGCCUUCAUUCCCGUGUGGCCAAAAAUCUUGACAUGUCACUUCGCGGUCAACGGGUCUUCGAGAGAGCAACACACAUUCAUUUCGUUAUGUGUGACCCAGCCUCUCGAGAUGUUGUACAGCACUUGAGCGGUCUCGGCUCCCCGCGGAGCCCAGUUUUUCUAUUCGGGAGCUCGAGUCAGAGCAUAACAGGACGCACGAACAACCUCACUUCGAAGUAAUCGAACAGCGGCCCAGAGACAUCCAAGUUCGUCAUUUCUGCCGACCAGUAGUUCAUUUGUAUGUUGAUGUUUGAGUGGUAGUCUGUAGUCUCCCUCAACAAUCUGGAGAAAAAGUUGGAGUGGCUUGAACCUACCUGCACUCCAUGGGUUCCCCGUACUGAGCGCCCAUUUCCCCUGCAAGUUAGCCGGAAGCACACCCCGGGCGCUGCUCCCAAGCAGAUAUCUUCCAAAGUUGAACAUCAGCCACUCGAGAUAGAUGUCCCCUUGGUCGACUUGAUAACUCGCGACGAUCUGAUCCGUCGACUUGCUCUUCCACUCCGAGCCUACGGUGCCCAACGACAGCGAGAACUUGUUGAGCGCCCCAUCAAAGUCUGCAAAGUGCGCUGCCCGAAGCGAGGUGUAAGACGUCGGGAGCUUGCCGAUGAGUUGCACAAGCGCAGAGUGCGGAUCAGGUCCCUGGAACGAGAAGCCGUGGGCCUUGUCUCCAGCGUUUUGGUCAUAUUCCGUUCCUCCGACCCAUGUGAUCCAGGCUUCGGACGCUCCGGUCACUGAAAUUGUGGCGUUCGCUGGGGAUGAGCUUGCCGAGCAGGCAACAGUCCCUCCGGAGCUCAUCACUUGUCCGAGUAUCUCAUACAGCAUACCCGGCUCGCCAGCUGUUCCCCGCACUCUCAGUGUAUGCGAGUCCAGACACGUGAUGUUGGGUGUGGGGAGACCGGAUUCGAGCGCCGAAGAAAACGCGAAGGUUGUGAGGGGCAGAUGCUUUCCAGUUGAAGAGAUAUGAUGUGUGCAUGACUCAGUCGGAUGAGAACA